AUGGGGCAGCACGUGAUCCUCCUACGGAACAGCCACCUCCUGUCUACCUCCUUCCCACCUCAGGUGUGCACUGGGGAUGGGAGAGGUGCUCCUGUCUCCACUCAUUGGUUCCGGCGCGCGCGGACGGUGAUAGCUGGUGAGCUCAGAGACAUUGUGCCUGCAGAGAGAUGCCUGAAACGUGCAGCAUUUUCUUCCACAAACUUUGAGAACAUCCUGAUCUGGGAAACGGAACCAGAUAUUCCUCCUGGCACUGCAUUUGAUGUCCAAUACAAACAGUAUGGAGAAAAAUCCUGGCUUAACAAGCCUGAGUGCCAGAGUAUCACACAGCCCUUCUGCAAUCUCACUCGUGAAACAGAGAACUUCACAGAGCACUACUAUGCCAGGGUGAGAGCCACGGGCCGGAGCCGCUGUUCCUCCGGCUGGGUGCGCUCCGAGAGGUUCGAGCCACGCAAAGAGACUGUUAUAGGAGCACCACAAGUGGAGCAUUUUCCCCAUGCAAGGUCCAUAAAGUUUGUUAUCAGCCCCCCCUACACUCCACUGCGAGGGGAGGAUGGUCGUCAGCUCACCGUGGAGGACAUUUACAGCAAAUUUGGUGCUAUGGAUUAUCACUUGACAAUAUUCAACCAAAGGACACACCAACAGUGGACAAAGAACGAGCACAACAAAGAAUUUGAAAUUUCCGACUUGGACCCGAACACUGAAUAUAAUGGAACAGUUUAUAUGUAUGUCCUCCAGAGGAGAAGCAAACCUCAAGUGUUUCGGGUCAAAACACUAGAAGACAAGACAUGGCUCCUCUACUGUUUGGUGUCGUUGGCAUUCUGUGCUGGGUUGGUGUUUGCUGCCAUCAGUUAUGUGAUCUACAAAUAUGUCAAGCAGCACCGUGCCCAGCCCAUGUCUCUGGACUUCAGAGGGAUUUCAUCAUUCCAGCCUCUCACACUGACAGUGGAGCAUAUCAUAAAGCCCAUCAGCUUAUCCAAACCUUCACUUUUCAUCCCUGAAGUGCAGCUACCACCGAUGAGCCAACACUUGGACCAAGCACUGCAGCCACCAUGGUCUUUCCCUCCCCCAGAAACUGCCUAUCAGCACCAGGUGGCUGUACCAACAUUCCAGCUUCCCCCUAAGCCAUCCUCUGUGGAAACUGCAGCUCCAACUGGUUAUGCUCCUCAAACAGCUAAGCAAAGCAUCCCUACUGCCACAUCCAGCAAAACCCUGCCCCUGACCUAUGGGAUGUGUGUCGAAGGCACAGACCACGCUGACAAGAAGUUGCAGCCAGACCAAAAGCUAAAGGAAAUUCCUCCAGAUUGUUCUGUGGAUGGAAAGCUCACAGCUCAGGUGCCAGCAAAGAGCUGCAGCCAUUGGAAUUACAAAGAACAGCAGCCAAACGUGGCACUGUGCAACAGCAGGGACAGAAUAGAGUCAGUUGUAUUCCCAGGGAGCCCUGGGCAGACACAACUGCUGCUGCAGACUGAUGGGGUGGGAAGCAGAGAGUGUGUGUCUCAGCUGUCCCUGUCUUUGCUGGAACCAGGAGGAGGCUACAGAAGACAGACAGCAGAACUGCCACUGCUGUUGUCUGCAGUGAGAGCUAACACAGACUAUGUUCCAAAGGAUGAAGUGCUGUCAGCUCUGCCAGCAUCUCUCCUUCUCUCCGUCCGGACUGGGAAUGACUUCCCUGGAGAGAACAGCACAGAGCAGUGGAUAUUACCAGAUUCAUUCUCACAUCCUACAAACAAAGUGCAGUUCCCAGAGACUCCAGCAACAGAAAUGUUCAUGGCAGCAAAGGGGCUGAGCUGCACAGACCUCUCAGCCCAGGACAGGGACACUCCUCUCACUAUGCUCUUCAAAGAUUUGGACUUGAAAGUACAGUGGGAUGAGAAUGAGGACAUACCAUUUUAUUAG